AUGUCGACUCGAAAAUUUGAAUCUGGAAGUUCAAAAUUAAGAAAAAAGAAAAGAAUUGAUGCUUUAGUUGAAUCACAAAAGGGAGCUUUGGAUAAAUUUAUCAAAACAAAUAAAAAAAGUUCAUCAAAUGAACAAGUUAAUAAUGUAGAAACUAACAAUAUAGACAUAGACAACGAAAAUGAAAAUAUAGAUUAUUUUGUAGAAGAAGUUAAUAAUAUAGACAAUGAAGAAAAUGCCAAUAGUAAUUUAUUAACAGAAGGGCUUCAUAGUGUUGAAGCCACUAAAAAUAUAUAUGAUCCAAGUCAGUGGAUAAAUAUUAGUACAAGUUUGAGAGAUUUAUUAGUAGAAAAGGAUCCAAUUAAAGUUACUGAUAUAAAUUUUUCUAAGGAUGAAUCUACACGACACUUUUCUUCUUCAUUUUAUAUUCAAAAGUUGCUUAAUGGUGAAAAACGUGAAAGAAUAUGGCUAAUAUAUUCUCAAGAUUUGAAUAAAGUAUUUUGUUUUUGUUGUAAAUUGCUUAAUACUCUUUCUAGUACAAGCAAAUUAACAAGUGAUGGUAUUUGCGAUUGGAAAAAUAUGGGUAAUACGUUGAAGAGUCAUGAGAUGAGUAAGGAACACAUUGUAAAUAUGGAUUCAUGGAUUGAUUUAGAAAUGAGAUUGUUAAAAAAUAAAACAAUUGACAUACAUGUUCAAGACCAAAUAAAUAGAGAUAGAGAACAUUGGAGAAAUGUAAUGGUUAGAGAUGCUUUAUUAAAAUUAUCUGAAAUGACUGAUGAACCUAAAAUUAAAAGUGAAGCAGAUUGUUUAGCUACUUAUGAACUUGAAAAUUUCGAGUUUUUGUUAGGCAUGACUAUUUGGUAUGAGAUAUUGUUUGCAGUAAACUCUAUUAGUCAAAAUAUGCAAUCAAAUGAUAUGUGUAUUGUUGUUGCUAUAGAACAACUUAAAGGUCUUGUUUCAUUUUUUGAAAAGUAUAGAGAAAAUGGAUUUGAAAAUGCUUUGAUUUCUGCAAAAGAAAUUGCUAUUGAAAUGAAUAUUGAACCUAAAUUUCAUAAAAAACGUAUUAUUCGUAGAAAGAAACAUUUUGAUGAGAUUAUAGACAAUGAAACAUGCAGUUAA